GGGAAUUCCCGGGCAAUGGCGAUGGAUUCUAGUUUGAGGUAUAAAAACAAGCACGAUCCAAUGAAGUGUAAAGAAACAAUUGUUAUGCGAUUCUCGUUGGUGCUUCUCUUGGGCGUGCUUGCCUGCCUCCUGCUCGCCCAGCAGGGAUACGGAGCUAGCUCGGAUAGUUCCUCCGAUAGCUCCUCAGAUAGCUCCACUGAUAGCGCUACAGAAUCUUCCACAGCCGCAUCCUCCUCAUCGGAUACGACGGCAGCCUCCUCCGAUACGGACGCCACGACGACUACAACAACCUCAUCGUCCUCAUCCUCCAGCGCCGCUGCCAAACGAAGGGCCGCCGCCCGCCGACGCCGGCGUUUGGCCCGACAACGCCGCAGGCGUCAACAGCGCCAAAGACGUCGCCGCCAGCAGCAACGCAGAAGACGCCAGCAGAGACAGCGCAGGAACCGUCGUGGUUAAGGAUCGUUGCCUGAGAAGGACUUUCAGAAUGAUAUAAGGUCUCCUAUCUCUUAAGACCUAUCACUUAUCUUCUAUCUUUGAAAUAGCCAAAUAUUGAUAAUAUUGAAUAAAUCGGAACAAUCUUCGUCUUGCUUAACUUCAAUAAGGCGAUACAAAAAAAUGUAUUUAAAAAAUAAA